UAAAUUAAUUUGAGGAUUAAAGCCAACCCGGAAAAAAUACUGGGUUGAAAUUUUUUACAAAAAUACGUAACAAAUGAUAAAAAGAGAUAACAGAAACUCCAAAUAAUUUAAAAUGUUAUCAUUGUUCUAUCAUGAGCCUAACGUAUUUCAGUUUUAUAUUACUCAUAAGCAUUCAUUAUGCCAACAGUGAACGCAGUUGUUACUACGCAUGCAAUUGCGAUGAGUGUGAUGCCACCUUAACGACACAACAGUGUCUAAAUGAUGACGAUUAUUGUUACUCAGCGAAAGAAGAAUCAGGAAAUUUGAGUAAAGGAUGCGUUAGCAGCGAACUAGGAGAAAGCUUUUGUAAAGAACUUAAUAGUACUCAGUGUUGGUUGUGUGUUGGAGAUUUUUGUAACUCUCUUGGUAGUCGGGCAACAUCUUCGAUAUUUUUGUUGGCAACACUGUAUAUUUUCCUUAGGUAUAUGCUGUAAUUAUGAUACCUCGUAUACAUGAAUUAUGGUAAUAGAUUUUAACUAUUUA